UAAUAUUUUAAUAAGUUAUUCUGUUUAUUGGUUUAUGUAAAAUGAGUGAAACACAAAAUAAAAUUUGUGUAAUAUGUGGAGCCAAAUCAAACGGCUAUCACUUCGAUGUCAUAAGUUGUGAGUCGUGUAAAUCAUUUUUUAGAAGAAAUGCAUUGAGAAAUAUGGACUUAUUCCAGUGCUUUUUCGGCGGAAAUUGUGAAAUACAUUAUCAGAAUAAGAAUAGAAAACUUUGCAAAAAGUGUCGCUUAAAAAAGUGUUUCAAAAUGGGAAUGGAAAGUAAACUUAUAUAUUCUGACAAACAAAAGGAGUUAAGAAGAGCUUUAAUCGAAAAUAAUAAGAAACGAAAGAAUCAAAUGAUUGCUCACAAGAAGAGACUUGUGUCGAGUGAUGAGAAAUCACAAGAUAUAACCAAUUCUUGCGAUAAUUUAGAAAUUAACACUUUUAAUACUCAAGUCAGUGCUGAAGAAAAUAUUCAAACAGACAAUAAUAACAAUGAAAUAAUUGAGAACAAUUUAAACCAUUCACUGAUGCCUAUUGUAAAUCCAGUGUCUGAUUAUAGCGUAUAUUUCAAUGAAUUAGAGGACAAUAAAUUAAGUGAAUUAUUAAAUGCAUUGAAGCAUUUGGAAAAGUCAGUCGACAUAAUUAGCCAAACAUUUGUGGACACGUUUCGGAAGGCAUUUGCAAUUCUUCAGUCUAAAGUGGAAAUUGAAGCGCAAAAUAUUGUCAAAAUGUCCAAAUGCCUGGAUACAUUUAAUAAUAUCUGUGAAAGUGAUCAAAAAAUUUUGAUUAAACAUUCAGCCAUCGAAAUUAAUAUCUUGCGAAUGCUUCCUUAUUUUAAUUACGAAUACGAAUAUUGGAAUAUUAUC